AUGAUUUCAGCUGAUGCAUUCCAGCAUCAGCUUCAAAAAUCGAUCGUUCCCUUACUGACGCGGUGGAAACGCUGUUAUCAACUUUCCAAUGUCUCUAACGCUAGUAUCAAUGUCUUGAUUUAUCUUCCAAUAAAACCUCAUCAUUCCAUAGAACUACAAAUCCUGUACUCACCAGUCUACCAAGAACCACAGCUCAUUUUCAGGAUAUGGAGCCAUGAAACUGUAGACGAUAUAGAGACGCAGCGCAUCUGUUUUCCUGACGAUCUGCAUACAUGGUUAAACAUACAAGAUUUCACUAUUCGUCUAGAUUAUCUACAUCCGUCCAGUCGAGACGUUUGGUACAGCGUCCACGGUUGCGACACCGCAGACAUUGUUGGAUCUGAACUCAAAGACUAUUUAAAGCGUUGGGCGUCUAUAUUUCUGACUAUCUUUGACUCAGAGGUUUCUCUGAUGUUUCUGUAA